AUGUUCAAUCUCAAGCGAAGUGCUCCGUUGACCGAACCAGACCUUAACCCACCACGACCGAGCCGGUCUGUAUACAGAGAGGAUUGUACCCAAUGCUUCGAUUCCAUUGACGAUCCAGCUGGUCUGGACGUAUGUCUGACAUGUUUCAAUGGAGGUUGCGCCGGUGACCAUCAGCACAAUAUCCUUCACUAUCAAUCUACAAGUCAUCCUCUCGUACUCAAUGUCAAGCGGACCAGAAAGCACCUACAACGAAACGAACCACCUCAGAAGAUCACGAAGCUCGAGGUCGUUGGCCAGACCGAAAGUGACAAAUACGAAACCACCUCUCAAGUCAACUGCUUUGCCUGCCAACAACAGAACAUUGAUCAAUCAGCGGGUCGAUUGUCGCAGGUCGUGCAAGGAGUGCUGAAGGCAAAUACUUUCGCUCAGCAGGAAGAGAUUAAGGCAUGGGAACAGGAAUUCACUCCUUGUGAACACACACUGUGUCUAGAACAGCAGCCCGCUCGACAGAUUGCCUCGCAGGAUCUGGGUCACUGCUCAAAGUGCGACUUGAAAGAGAACCUAUGGCUGUGCAUGGAGUGUGGCAAUCUGGGCUGUGGUCGAAAACAAUAUGGGUCUGAUGUUGGAGGCAACAAUCAUGCAAUCGAGCACAGUAAAGAGGCUGGUCAUGGAGUUGCUGUCAAGCUUGGUUCCAUUACUGCAGAGGGCUCGGCCGAUGUCUAUUGCUACAAGUGUGACGAAGAGCGAGUUGAUACAGAGUUGGCCGCCCAUCUGGCUCAUUGGGGUAUCGAUAUCUCGGGCAGAGAGAAGACCGAAAAGAGCUUGAUGGAGAUGCAAGUCGAACAGAACCUCAAGUGGGAUUUCUCCAUGACCACGGAUGACGGUAAAGAGCUCAAGCCGUUAUUCGGUCAAGGGUUUACUGGCCUCAAGAACAUUGGGAAUACCUGUUACUUGGCUAGCACUGUACAAUGCCUGUUCGACCUUCCUGAAUUCCAGCAGCGAUACUACCACCCCUCCGAAUCUCCUCCGCAAGCGUCAAAUCCAGCUGACGACCUGGAGACCCAGCUUCGUAAACUGGCUGAAGGUAUCCUCUCAGGACGUUACUCCAAGCCUAACUCCGAUAUUGUGGCGCAACCUGAUACUCCAGAGGUUCCGCACCAGCAAGGUCUUAGUCCUGCAAUGUUCAAGCAUUUAGUUGGCCGAGGUCAUGAAGAGUUCUCUACCAUGCGACAACAAGAUGCUUUCGAAUUCUUGCUACACCUGUUCAAACUCAUCAACGUCUCCAAUCGCUCUCAUCCCGACCAGGAUCCGGUUCAGUCGUUUCGUUUUGCCAUGGAACAGAAGUUGCAAUGUAUCAACUGUAAGCGAGUACGCUAUCGAACAGACGAGCAAGACAAUAUUUCCAUCCCAGUUCCUGUUAGGAGGAUACCGCAAAAGAACGGCAUGGACGAGAACAAGGACGGCAAAAAGGAGGAGUUCGAGUCUGUCAGUCUCAAAGAGUGCCUAGACAUCUUUACUGCUGUUGAUACGGUUGAGCUCACAUGUCCAGCAUGCAGCUCAAAAGACGGCUUCCUCAAGUCUAGUAAAUUCAAGACCUUUCCUCAAAAUCUUGCUGUCAAUGCUAGACGUUUUGAGCUCGUCAAUUGGGUGCCUACCAAACUCGAUAUUCCUGUACAAAUUGGUGAUGAGCCUUUUGACUUGGCCACCUACUUGUCCCCUGGUCUUCAACCUGGCGAGGAAGAGCUACCAGAGGAGGCUGAGGUGGGUGAUGCCAGCGCCGCUUCGAACCAGUUUGUACCCAAUGAGGCGGCCCUGGGUCAGCUCCAAUCAAUGGGUUUCCCACAAGUCAGAUGCGAGAAAGCCUUACAUGCUACUGGGAACUCUGACGCAGAAGCAGCAAUGAACUGGCUGUUUGGUCAUAUGGACGAUCCCGAUAUCGACGAGCCGUUGAAUCUAGGAGGAAGCGCUUCACAGUCUGGAGGGGCUAGUGAAGCCAGUAUAUCGCAGCUUGCUGAGAUGGGUAUCGGUGCACCCCAGGCACGAAAGACCUUACGCGAGUGUGACGGGAACGUCGAGCGUGCGAUUGACUGGGUGUUCAGCCAUCCGGAUGACCAGGGCGAUUUCGAUGCGGAUGUCCCUGCUGAGCCAUCUGCACCUAAGAGUGUCCCAGGCAGCACUGCAACUCCAGCAAUAUUUGAACUCGAAAGCAUCGCAUGCCACAAGGGGUCAAGCAUUCACGCUGGCCAUUAUGUCGCGUUCAUUCGAAAAGAGAUACCAGGCGAGAAAGGGAAACAAUGGGUUCUGUACAACGAUGAAAAGGUCGUCAAGGCGGUUGACGUUGAAGAGAUGAAAAAGUUUGCAUAUGUCUAUUUCUUCCGACGACAUUGA